GCGCUGCCAGACUUUUGUUCAAAACAGCUGAUGACGCCUGUCGGCUUUUUGGCGGUAUUGUUUAUAAAUAAAAUUCACUUAAGGAUUUAAAAAUGUCCUGAAUGGCGUCCGAGUCAGAAAACACUACAUCCUAUUUUGUUCCGCAUCUGCUUGAUCAAGUCUUCGAAUUAUAUCGGAGUAAAGCAGAGUCCAACAGCCUAACAAAAGAGGAACGCGGACAGUUCUUUUACGAUCUAUCCAUUUUAUUGGGUCAAGAACUGGUCCUGCGAUCGCUACACCUUUUGGACGACCACAACUUCUCCUUCUUCCACGCCAAGAACAAUCGAUCCGUGUGCGUGGUAGAAAUUUCCAAGGGAACCGAGUACUUCCGCUUGAUUCCGGGCGUAAAUUUCUGCAAGUGCGAGUUCUUUCAGUGCCACGUGCUGCAGUUGCCGCGAGGCAUCCUCUACCAGGACGUUCCCAGUGGCCAACCGGGCAUUUUGGAGGACUGGAGCGAGGAGAGCCGAGUGUCUUACACCUGCCAGCACAUCCUGGCAUUGCGGCUCCACCAAUUUCUGAAGCACACGGGCAGGAAAACCACCGAGAAGAUCCUUAAGAAAGAGGACAUCAAGGAGCUGCAGACGGACGUCUUUCGGGACUAGGAUGACUGAUGUG